AUGACAAUCCCGGUCUUGUUGACUCGUCCCUCACGCUCCGUCCUCUUCCCCACCCACCCACACAUCCGUCUGACCCAGAUCGAGACACACCACAAAAUGUUCCGCUCUUCCAGAUCUUCAUCUCCCGACGACAGCUACGUCUACAACACCAGCCGUCGUUCCUCGAGUACGGACUGGUCCGACCGCAGCUGCAAGGACCUAACCGACGACCGCACCCGCAACCUGUGGAGGUGUAUGCUCUAUCUCCAGGAGCACUAUGCUUGCUAUCACUCGGCCAGGAUAGAUGUCGCCAUGGAGGCUGGCGACGAGAGCGACUACUAUAUGCCAAGCCGUUUCAUCAUAGACACCCUCAACGAAUCCGUCAUCGACACCCUCCCCGACCAAGCGUGGGAACUCCUGAAUCAGUUCCUCCACCCGUAA